AUGUCUUCUUCUCACGUUGGAAAACCUACCGAGCCCAAUGCGUUGAUUCUUGAGGCCUGGGGUCAGGGCUUCAUGGUCGGCAGCUUGCUCAUAAUGGCUGCUAUGGCCAUUGCCAAUAUGAGAAAAAGGAUCUUGCUUCACAAGGUCAUUGUACUUGAGCUGGUCCUGGCUAUGGCUCACGGUACUUUCAUAUUCCCCAACCCGCCUGCUUAUGGUUGGUAUCUCAGUGUCACUGCUAUCGGUCUCAACAUCAGCUGGGCUCUCCACAACGUCGUCGCCUGGAUGAAGAAUCGCCCUUUUCUGUCUCGCAGAGUCUCGCGCAUCUACAUCAUCACUGUCAUGCUCUGUUGGCCCUACUGGGUACUGGAGAUUUAUGCCAACUUCACCUACUUUAACAACAUCAACACGAUCUUCUUGAAAACUCGGCCUCUGGAGCCACUGUUUCGUGACCCGUGGUGGAUUUUUACCACAAUCAGCUUGUUCUGGGCCAUCAAGCGUGAUUACAAUUUUGGCCUGUGGGAGAUCAUCCAUAUCAGUCCUCGCUUCGGCAUUAUGCUCGCUUCAAUGAUCCUCUCAAUCGUCUUCAUCAUUAUCGACACCUGCAGCGUUCUGAACGCCUUCCCCAGCAUCCUUCCAACAGGCGUCGAGCCCUUCUGGAAGCUUUCUUUCGUCUUUAAAUGUCUCUGCGACGCAAUCGUUCUAGAUGAUUUCAAGACCGCCCUCGACACCAUGCGCAGGCACUGGAUGCAAAAGAAAGGCAACGGAAUCUUCGGCACUCCCAACACAACACCAGCCAAUAGCCCUCGUCGAUACCGAAUCCGCGGAGAUAUCGAAUCGGCAGGAUCACCAGGAUUCGCUUAUUCCUGCACCGCCACUCCCACCACCCCGACCAAGCCCGGAACGACAAUGCACGUCGACCAUAUCCGAAUCGACGAGGAGAUCCAUGUUGCUUCCGAGACACCCAAGCCUCGAGAUGAAGCUAAUGCUUCCACGGAAGGCUUGAAGAGAAUCAGUGAUCCACGCAACGACCCUAGCCCUGUUUCGAGCCUCGAGCAAAUUCAGCCGAUAAAUGAGCAAAUUCCUAAUAUCCCUCUGCGGAAGAUUUAUAUCGAAGCUAACACCUGA